AUGCUGAAAUUUGAGUUGUCAGUGGCUACUGAGCGAAUUAUGACUGCGGCUAAGAAGCACGGAUUUGUACGGUUUUGGGAGCUCUCUGAAGCACGGAGCAUCGGCGAAAACCCCAUAUGCUAUUACGAUUCGGCACUGUCUGAUGUGGCAACGACAUUGUUUGAUAGCGUAAAGAAACCGGAAGAAGUGGAAGACGUCGACCCGUCAGAAACGAUGAUGGAUUUACUGAAACUGUUCAUAGUGGCUGAUGUCGAAUGUAUACUCAACUUUUAA